CAAAGAGUGAGUAUUUUUAAAUGGCCAAGAAAAGGGGAGAGAUUGCAUUGCAAGAGGAGGUUUCCGAUGAAGAUGGUUGGAACGCAUUACUGGAGAAAAAAGGCUUAAUAGUUGUGGAUGUUUAUCAAGAAUGGUGUGGUCCUUGUUCAGCUAUUACUGGGCUAUUCAAACGACUGAAAACAGAACUAAACGACGAUUUGUUGAACUUUGCUGUUGCAAAAGCAGAUUAUAUUGAAAAACUUGAGUUGUAUAGAGGAAGUUCUAUGCCUUGUUUUCUGAUUUUCGGAGGUGGGCGCCUUGUUGCAGCAGUAAGAGGAGUAAACCCUCCAGAGUUGGAAAAAUGCAUCCUGAGCAAGUUGAAACAGGAACAUGAUGUUCUAGCGGGUGAGGCUCAAAGGGUUGAGAUCAAAGAUCCUAUGGUUGUUGCCAAACAGCAGAAAGAGGCAGAGAUGAAAAGGAAAAUGGAGGAAGAAGAAGAAGUUAAACAGGAAAUCACCGUAACGGUACUGAAACCUGAUGUUGUGCAAUCUGGAAUGGCAGAACAGAUUAUUGAUGAACUUAAAGAGAAUGGCAUUGAAAUACUUGAAAGUCGAGAACACUUGUUUACUGUUGAAGAGGCUGAGGCUUUCUACGAAAAUGUUAGACAACAGCCUUAUUUUCAAGAUCUGGUUGAAUUUAUGACAUCUGGUCCGAGUAAAAUUAUAGUCUGCGCAUUAGGAAAGAAGCAAGGUGUUGUAGAAAAGCUAAGAGGAUUGAUUGGACCGUCUAUUUCUGAAACGGAUUCAGAGGAAGUACAAGAAACGAUUAGGGCUAAAUAUGGCAGUGGACUGAUCAGAAAUGCUAUCCACGCAUCAGGCUCUAAGGAAGAAGCUGCAAGAGAACUAGCGUUCUUCUAUCCGGGUUAUGAGCCCCCAGUUAUAACAGUGAAACGUACCAAACCAGUUACUGUAGAACAUGAAGAAACAGUCCAUGAGACAGAACAACAUGAAAUCCAGCGUACAGUUGCAAUCUUACGCCCACAAGCUUAUGAAUCGUGUAAAGAUGAAAUAUUGAAAAAGAUUAGAGAUGCUGGAUUUACCAUAGCAGGAGAGAGAGUCAUACAGCUGAGUAAAGAACAAGCAGAAGACUAUUAUAAGGAGCAUGUGGGACAACCAUAUUUUGGAGAAUUAACUACUGUGAUGUCCAGUGGUCCAUGUUUAGCUUUAUUAUUGGCAAGAGAAGAUGCUGUUUCUAAAUGGAGAGAAAUGUUAGGGCCAGCAAAUGUUGAUGAAGCUAAAGCUACAGCUCCUGAAUCGUUACGAGCUCAGUUUACAAUGAAACCAUCAGAUAAGAAGGAAAAUAGAAACAGUGGAGAAAUCAACCUUCUGCAUGGAUCUGCUAAUGAAACUGAAGUGGAAAGAGAUAUAAAUUUAUUUUUCCCAGUAGAAGAGACAGUUGCAGUGAUUAAACCAGAUGCAUAUGCUAAUCGAGAUGAAAUUAUUGAACGAAUUAAAUCUGCUGGUUUUCAUGUGGCAGCACGUAAAGAAACGACUCUUACCAAAGAUUUAGCCAGACAAUUAUAUGAAGGAUGUUCCGAUCAACCGUUCUACGAUGACCUAGUUGAGCAUAUGACCAGUGGACAAACUUUAUUCAUGGUUUUGACAAAAAGCGAUGCAAUUGCCGGUUGGCGUCAACUGAUGGGACCAAUCGAUCCGAACAAAGCUUCCGGCGAAUCAUCAGAAAGUAUUCGUGCAAUUUAUGGUAGAGAUAUUCUUCGCAAUGCUGUUCAUGGAGCAUCUAAUAAAGACGAUGUUCAACGUGCUCAAAGCUUGGUAUUCCAUGGUACUAAAGCUGGUGAAGCAAAACAAACAGUAUCAUCAAGAAGUAGUAGACAAGGUUCAAUCAAUGAAGAGAUGGGUGAUGAAAAAGCUCAAUCGAAUUCAAUUAGAGAAGAACAAGAAGCAGAAUCAGCUAGAUCACAAGAAAAUGAACAAAUAAAAGAAACAGUAUCAUCAAGAAGUAGUAGACAAGAAACAGUAUCAUCAAGAAGUAGUAGACAAGGAACGCCUUCGUCAAAAGGUAGUAGACAAGGUUCAAUCAAUGAAGAGAUGGGUGAUGAAAAAGCUCAAUCGAAUUCAAUUAGAGAAGAACAAGAAGCAGAAUCAGCUAGAUCACAAGAAAAUGAACAAAUAAAAGGUGACAUUUGUUUUCUUUUAAAGUGUUUACUCGCAUAAAUAUACCGAUCAUCAUAAUCAUCAUCAUCACCGUCAUCA